UGGUGGUGGUAUUAGAACGGGUGGUGCGACGUUCGGGUACGCAAGUCGGCAGGCCGGGUCUGGGGUGCCAAGCCCGGGCGGGGUGAUGAGCUGCUCCGAGGUGAUGUAUCAAUAUUAUCAUCCUUACCUCUAUUCGAGGGCACCACCGCCGCCGCACCCGACCCACCCCCAUGCGGCCCCGCAUGCAAAUCCUCAUGCGGCCCAUCACAGUCCGGCCAGGCCGGCACCUUUUCAACCAUUUUCCUCCGCCACGGCGACGCAUCAAUACGACAGGUUGAACGUACACCAAAGGUCUUUGGAAGCAGCGGGUUUGGAACUUUGUGGUGGUGGAGGUAGUGUACCACAAGGUCAACCAAGUAGCGCGGGUUCGGUGGGAUCAGCACCGAGUCCAGCAUCACCUCGACCAACCCCCCAACCCCGACCACCCCUAGCGACUACCACAUCGCAACCUUCGCGAACCCUCGACGAUGACAGAUCGACGGACGUAGGGGCUGCUACAGCAGCGGAGGAUUCGGACGAUGGCGAAAGUAGGGCGCAGUAUGUCAGUGCAAAUUGCGUCAUCUUCAAUAAUUACAGAGGGGAUGCCGCAUCAGAGGUUGAAGAACAUUUCCAAAGGGCACUGGCUCAUGACAAGCCCAAAGAAAAUAUCUCUCCUAUGUCGAUGAGAAACUUCCCACCAUCCUUUUGGAAUAGUCAACAUCCUGGCGACGUCUAUGAGUAUCCAGCGGAUCCAUGGCACGCACAUUAUGGCCCAUACCAACAUAGAGCGGUGCACGAGUAUCAUCAGCAUAACAUGGCCGCUGCGGCGAGUUACAGCGGGUUGCUUUUGGGUAGUGCGAGAGGACAUCACACGUCUCACCACGCGGCUCACCACGCGGCACACCACGUGCACGCCGCGGCAUCCUACAAGGACUGGACGUCGGCAACGCCCUCUCAGUCGCUCGUUGACGUUUCCUCGGCGCCGCCUUACCCUCAUGGUCCUUAUGCCUCCCUCUCCGGUCUCGAGUCGCAAGUACAGGAUUCCAAAGAUCUCUACUGGUUCUAGAAACGAGCAUACGAAGGUCUCGCGAACCGAACUGAUGAUGAACUGCGUGAUUUUCCAACACGAGGAGUCCAUUUGAGCUCGUCGUUCGUUCUUUAAACAAGAAUUUCCUCUACGAGCUUUUUAUUGUUAAUCGAUCGAAACGGAGGAUUAAAUAAAUUAUAAGGAGAUGAACUUUUGUUAGGAACGUCGAGAGAAACAGAAUGAUAAAAAAAAAAGAAAAGAAAAGAAAAGAAAAGAAAAAAAAAACACAAGAAAGAUUAAAAGGAAAAAAGGGGAAAUUGGAGUGUACAUAGUGUUACCUAAAUCUUUUAAGGAUCUACGAUUAGUGUAAACUCAAAAUAGUAUUAGAGAUAAAACGAUUGCGCGCACUAUUACCUUCAUAGUGACUGCUGUUCGAUGCUGAAAAGGAAUCUCUAGUUCACAUAGCGUGUAGGUUAAUUAGAUCGUCGAGAGGACAAAUUCCGUCAACUUGGAAUUGCAAGUGUGAAAUAUCUCUUUUUUCAAUCCUUUUUAUCCGUUGGACCAAAAUAGUUGGAAAACAAAGAAAAGUAAAAAAAAAAAAAAACGAAAAGAAAAGAACAAAAAAAUAAAAAAAGAACAAAAUGAAAGCUUAUCUGUUCUAAGCGCACAUUUUUGAGGGAGUUUGUCCUGAUUUUUGCGAAUCUAAAGUUUCCAAAUAAUCGCGGACGAAGGAUUACUUUUAUCGAAUAAUAAAGAGAAAAAACGAUCUACACGUAUGUUUUUAUUUUAUUUUAGAUCG